CGACUCAUUUGACGUGUGAAUUCACAUCGUCCAGCACAGUGACAAUACGUGGUAGGACUUUUAUUACUGAUCUAAUUACCCUCCAGUAUAAGGAUGUUGUUUUCUAUUUUGUUUGUCGUUAUACCUAUUGGUGUAUAUUGCCAAAUAGACCCAUCACUGACGGAGUGUGGUAUGGUUCCGCUGUAUCACGGAGAUAUACCCGAUGAAUACGCCGUCAUUUUUACGGAAGAUUUCACUCAUCCACAAGUAGAGGAUAUAUUAGCCCCCAUUGUUGGCGAUGGAUUUGAAAUCGACACGAUUUAUUGCAACUUCCGCAACUCGUGGGCAGUGGUGACAGUAACUGAUGUCGAUAGAAUGGAAAUGGUCCGCCUACUUCCUACAGUGUUGUUUGUUCAGGGGGUGUACAGACUCACUGUGUCAGAAAACUGGGGACAAGACAGAAUUAAUCAACGAGAAACAACACUGGAUGGCAAUUCCACAAUAUCAAGAUGCCAAGUCACUAAAAUCUGUCCGGCGACAGAGUCUCCAAAUAUCUAUAUACUUGAUACUGGUAUUCGUUACUCACACGAGGAAUUCGGAGGCAGGGCAGCGUUUGCCUAUGACUUUUUGGCAUCCGAAAAACAAAAUGGAUUUGAUACACAUGGUCAUGGAACUAAGGUUGCAGCAGUAGCUGCUGGUAAAACAUUACGGCCUCGCCAAGAAUGCUUAUAUAUGGAGUGUUCGAAUAUCUAA